UUACACAACACACAUUAGACAACAUCACUUGAGAGUGAACAGCUGGCUUUGAAUAAAACACCUUACAGCUACAGUAUUCUUAUUGCUUUUUCAGGGAAUGUUUGUUGUGGGUUUAGAAGUUCAACAUGGAGACUGCAGAUUGCUGGUAUUAUAAAACACCACCAAGAUAUCCAGAAUCAGAGAGAACAUUUCACUCACCUGAGCUGAGAAUUGUGCUGCUGGGUGUUUCUGGUGUUGGAAAGAGUGCAACAGGAAAUGUAAUACUGGGCAGAAAGGCUUUUAAAGAGACCAGAACCAGAGUGAGUGAGAUACAGAGAGGAAGAGUAGAGGACAGAAUCAUCUCAGUCAUUGACACUCCGGGAUUCUUCACCACUGAACUGACUGAUGAAGAGCUGCAUCAUGAAAUGAGAAAGAGUGUUUCUCUCUGUCACCCUGGUCCUCAUGUGUUCCUGCUGAUGAUCAACCUGGAGAACAUGAAAGAGGGGGAGAGGAUCCUUGUGAAACAAAUUGAGGAGAACUUUGGACCACAGGCUUUUAAGUUCACCCUUGUUCUGUUCAUUGGAAGAGAACAAAUGUCCAACAAAGCAUGGAUGGUCUUUAUGCUUAGUACACAAUUUCAGGAGCUAGUCAGACACUGCAGAGAUAAAUAUCAUGCAAUCAACAGUAUAAAUGAAAUGAACCCAACUCACAUCUCAAAGCUUCUACAGAAGAUUGAUGACAUCGUCAAACAGAAUUAUGACCAGCAUUACAAUACUGACAUCUACUUAAAGUCCCCAACAAAGAUUAAAAAAGUAAUGCAAAAACUGGAAGAGAAAAAGGAUGACCCAAGGAAACACAGAGAAAGAGACAAAACAAAAACAAGUAAAACCUUGUGGAAGACAUUUAAAAGUGUAAUACAGGAAAACAUAACACAUACUGUGAUCCAACCAGAAAAGGAAACUCUUAUUUCUCAUGUGAGAAAAACAAAGGAAACUCAUGAAGAUGAAGAGUGGGUUUUUCAAGAAUGCGAGAAUGUUGAAGUGGGUGAAAGUGGAUCAUUAGUAAGAUCAGUGAAAUUCUCAUAUGAACAAAUGGCAGAAGUAAAUGUGAUCCAGAAACAAACAGAAAACUGGAAAUUGAGCGGGAUAGGAAAAUGGGACCCGAGAAACACCCAAGCAGAUCUCAGAAUUGUGAUGGUGGGGAAAACUGGAGCUGGAAAGAGCGCAACAGGAAACACCAUCCUGGGACAAAAAGCUUUUAAAGAAGAAUUUUGUUCUGAAUCUGUGACUGGAAAAUGCCAACAGUAUCAGCGGAGAGUAGAAGGUAGAAUUAUCUCAGUGAUUGACGCUCCAGGGGUGUGUGACACGUCGAUGUGUGAACGAGACCUGAAGGAUGAAGUAGUGAGAUGUGUAGAAAUGUCUCUUCCCGGUCCUCAUGUGUUUCUGUUGGUCAUCAGAUUGGAUGUGAGAUUCACAGUUGAGGAGAAGAACACAGUGAAAUGGAUUCAGGAGAACUUUGGAGAAGAUGCUUUACAUUACACCAUCUUUCUUUUUACUAGAGGGGAUCAGUUGAAAACAUCUGUAGAGGAGUUUCUGACAACAAACAAGCAGAUGAAUGAACUAAUCAAACAGUUUAAAGCUGGUUAUCAGGUUUUUGAUAACACAAAUGAAAAUCAAGCACAGGUUAGUAAGCUGUUAUGGAAGAUAGAGACAAUGGUGAAGGACAACGGAGGAGAGCAUUACACUAAUCAGAUGUACCAGGAAGCUCAAAAGAAAAUCUGGGAAGAAGAAGAGAGGCGGAGAGAGGAGGACAGGAGAUUAGGGCAAGAAGAGGAGCUCGAGAUAAGGAAGGAUGAACAAAAGAGACUUGUCAAGACUGCUAAAAUGGGAGCUUUGGUGGGAGCAGGUGUAGGAGGAGUGAUUGGAGGUGUAGCACUGGCAGCAGGAACUGGAUUGGCUCUACCUGCAGCUUUAAUCACAGGAGGAGCAACUCUUGCAGGAGGAGCGGGUGCAAAACUUAUCGCAGAUACGAUUAACAGGAAGCAGAAUAAAAAAGCAUCAAAAAAGAAAAGUUAGUUAUUGCAAUACAUUUUAUAAUUUUACGGGGUUUAAAACAGGAAUGCAGGUACAGUAUAUCACGCAGAAGGGGUGAAGAAAUCUAAAGCAGCUUUACUUGUGGUUAGUAAAAGGGUGUGAGGAUCUAGACUAGAGGAUAUCCUUAAUAAUAAUUCAAACUUUGGUAAAUCACUGAUAUUAACUGUAGUAAAGUGUUCUCAAUAUUGUAUAAGCUUAACUCUGUACACUUUUUAAAAUAAAGGUUCCAAAGGGGGAUUUUCAUAGUAUUGCAAUAGAAGAACCAUUUUGGGUUCCCCAAAGAAUCUUUCUGUUAACAGUUCUUACAAGAACCAUUUUUUUUUUUUUACUUAUAAUAAUCUGAAGAACCUUUCUCACUACCUUUUGUAUGCUGAUUGAUUGAAGAUUGAUGCUACUAUAUGUGUGUGUACUUUCUGUGCCAGCAUCCAAGAAUUGCUCAGUUUCAGACCUCCCUUUCUCUGCUUGCACUGGUCGCAGAACUUCUUGCCCAGUAAUGUUCCAAGGGGCCUAAUCAAAGUCCUUGAGCCCAAGGCCUGCCUGGUCCCAUAGAUCUCUUUCUAUGACAUACCUUGGGCAGCUGUGAUUGGACUGACCUUAUUCAUAAAACAGUAUUAUUAAUAAUCUAAAAAACAAUAAGAUAAAAAAAAGUAAUAAAGAUAAUAUAAAGAGAGGAUAAUAUCAACAGA